AGAAAAAAAAAAAGAAAAGAAAGAAAGAGAGAGAGAAAAGAAAAGAAAAGAAAAAAGAAAAAAAGAAAAGAAAAAAAGAAAAAAAAGAAGCACAAAAAAAGUGGAAACUUUUUCCCCCUGUCCACUUCAAGUUCUGAAAAAUCAAAAUGGAUUUAGAGAAAAAUUACCCAACUCCUCGGACCGGCAGGACAGGACAUGGAGGAGUGAAUCAGCUUGGGGGGGUUUUUGUGAAUGGACGGCCACUCCCGGAUGUAGUCCGCCAAAGGAUAGUGGAACUUGCUCAUCAAGGUGUCAGGCCGUGCGACAUCUCAAGGCAGCUUCGAGUCAGCCAUGGUUGUGUCAGCAAAAUUCUUGGCAGGUAUUAUGAGACGGGGAGCAUCAAGCCUGGGGUAAUUGGAGGAUCCAAACCAAAGGUCGCCACGCCCAAAGUGGUGGAAAAAAUCGCUGAGUAUAAACGCCAAAAUCCCACCAUGUUUGCCUGGGAGAUCAGGGACCGGCUGCUGGCGGAACGUGUGUGUGACAAUGACACGGUGCCCAGCGUCAGUUCCAUCAACAGGAUCAUCCGGACGAAAGUACAGCAACCACCCAACCAGCCGGUCCCAGCUUCCAGUCACAGCAUAGUGUCCACGGGCUCCGUGACGCAGGUGUCGUCGGUGAGCACGGACUCGGCCGGCUCCUCGUACUCCAUCAGCGGCAUCCUGGGCAUCACGUCCCCCAGCGCCGACACCAACAAGCGCAAGAGAGAUGAAGGUAUUCAGGAAUCUCCAGUGCCCAACGGUCACUCACUGCCAGGCAGAGAUUUCCUCCGGAAGCAGAUGCGGGGAGACCUGUUCACGCAGCAGCAGCUGGAGGUGCUGGACCGUGUGUUUGAGAGGCAGCACUACUCGGACAUUUUCACCACCACAGAGCCCAUCAAGCCCGAGCAGACCACUGAGUAUUCAGCGAUGGCCUCGCUGGCUGGAGGGCUGGAUGACAUGAAGGCCAACCUGACCAGUCCCACCCCCACCGACAUCGGGAGCAGCGUGCCUGGGCCGCAGUCCUACCCCAUUGUGACAGGCCGUGACUUGGCGAGCACGACCCUCCCCGGGUACCCUCCGCACGUCCCCCCUGCCGGACAGGGCAGCUACUCGGCACCGACGCUGACAGGGAUGGUGCCUGGGAGUGAGUUUUCUGGGAGCCCCUACAGCCACCCUCAGUAUCCCUCGUACAACGACUCCUGGAGGUUCCCCAACCCGGGGCUGCUCGGCUCCCCGUAUUAUUACAGCGCCGCGGCCCGAGGAGCUGCCCCUCCUGCAGCCGCCACUGCCUACGACCGUCACUGACCCUCGGAGCCAGGUGGGCGCCAAGCACUUGCAACACAUAUCACUGAGGGCGAUAGCCUCUCAGCCCCUCCGAAGCCAGCCAGAGGGGCCCAAUGAGACCAUCCCCCAGCAAUCCUCUCUCGCCUGAAACUCCCUCCCAACCUUUUCCUGCCAGGGAACUGGGGUUCUAUGGUAAGGCUGUUGGACUUCUAGACACACGUCCAUUUCUAAGAGUCCAUCAGUGCGCUUCUCCCAACAGCAACUGGGUGUCUGCAAAGCCACAGACUAUUCUGCAGACAACUGUAGCCCCAGCCUAGCCUGCCGGUCCCCAGCUGUCUGACCAUCCACCUGUCUUCCUGCCCCAGGCCUGGGAAGGAGAGCUUGUUUUUGUCACUUCAACAGCACCCAUGUAAAUACCUUCUUGCUUUUCUGUGGGCGUGAGGGUCCAACUGAGCAGACUGCCCACCCAUUAUGCAUCCAAUAUUCCCGAUGUGUCACAGGACAUCUUAGACCUGUGUGCAGAGCAUCCCCUCUGUCUUGGCUGCCCCCCCCAUAGGUGGGCUUGGAGUUGUCCUUGAGACUAAGGAUGCUCACCUCAGGUCCCAGCCUCCUGCUCAUUGCUACUUCUUUAACGUCUGGACUAGGAGUCUCAUUGGGCUGGUUAUGCUUCAAGCUUGCCCCCUGAGACCCCUCCUCAGGAGAAACACACUGGAGAGAUGCCCUGGCUUCCUGGCUCCAUUUUCCUGGGCCCUGUGCAGGGUGAGCAGCUCUUUUCCAUGUCAAAGGACUCAAAGAGAACAAAGGACUGUCUGGGAGAUUCCUCAGCUAGGAUUCUAAAGAUGCUGUCCAAGGUGCUGACUGCAUUGUGGACUUUGAAUGCUGGGGCUGGACAGGACUCAGAAGACCAUAGUCCAAGGCAGGGACUCCCAAGCCCCUGGAACCACUGAAC